UACAUCCCAGAACCCAAGCGCCCGAGCAACAUGGUCGCCGUGCGAAUCGCCGCGUGCCUGUCCCUGCUGGCGGGCCUCUCGCUCCAGGUGGACGUGAAAAGUGGGAAAGAGGCGGGGAAAGCGGGGAAUUUCAUGGAGGACGAGCAGUGGCUGUCCACCAUCUCCCAGUACAGCCGUAAGAUCAAGCACUGGAACCGCUUCAGAGACGAAGUCGAGGAUGACUACAUCAGAAACAUUGAGGAGAACAUGGGUUCUGAUGAAACCGUGGACACCACCAAGGACCCGUGUCAGAAUGUGAAGUGCAGCCGCCAUAAGGUGUGCGUCGCUCAAGGCUACCAGAGGGCCAUGUGUGUCAAUCGCAAGAAACUGGAGCACAGAGUGAAACAGUCAGGGCAUCUGGAGGCCCCUGAAAGCACCUGCAAGCCCUGUCCUGUGGCUGCCUCCUCACCUGUAUGUGGCUCUGAUGGACACAACUAUGCCUCUGAGUGUAAACUGGAGCAGCAGGCCUGCCUCACAGGCAAAGACCUGAACAUCAUGUGUGCCGGCUUUUGCCCCUGUGCCACGGCCUCCGCUACCGUCACAGAUACUGACACCAAACGUGAGAGCUGCACUGGCCAAGACCUGGCAGACCUGGGUGACCGCCUGAGAGACUGGUUCCAACUCCUUCAUGGAAAUGCAAAGCGGAAUAACUCUGGCAAGCUCGGCGCUAGCACAGCUUCAGCGCUGGACAAGAGCCUGGUAGCAAGCUGCAAGGACUCCAUCGGCUGGAUGUUCUCGAAGCUGGACACCAACGGUGACCUGUAUCUGGACCAAGCUGAGCUGGCUGCUAUUAACCUGGACAAGUACGAGGUCUGCAUCCGACCCUUCUUUAACUCCUGCGACAGCUACAAAGAUGGGAAGGUCUCUACGGCAGAGUGGUGCCUCUGCUUCUGGAGAGAAAAGCCGCCGUGCCUCGCUGAGCUGGAGAGGAUCCAGGUGCAGGAGGCAGCCAAGAAGAAGCCUGGGAUGUACAUCCCCAACUGCGAUGAGGACGGCUACUACAGAAAAAUGCAGUGUGACCAGAGCCGAGGGGAGUGCUGGUGCGUCGACCAGCAUGGUGGAGAGGUAAUGGGCACCAGAAUCCAUGGCAACCCUGACUGCGAUGAAGUGGCUGGAUAUUCUGGAGAUUUUGGGAGCGGGGUGGGAUGGGAGGAUGAAGAGGACAAGGAGGCAGAGGACAACGGUGAGGAGGCAGAAGAGGAGGAGGAAGAGGAAGGCGAGGCAGACGAUGGAGGAUACAUCUGGUAGGACUGUCUGACCCCACGCAGAGAGCCGAGUCACAGCCGCUGGUCUGAAAAUCUACAGGGAUGGCUCUCUCCUAACAGCAAAAGAUUUUGGGAUCGGACUGGGGAGGCAUGGAAUUGUGUAUCAUCCGGCUGGGAUGUGUGGUGCAGGGCAGGUCCAGUGAUGAGAUAACGACCAGUUUUUGUCUUAGAUAGAUGUAAUUGCUUCAUUCACUUCUCUGUUUUUUGAGCAACAGAGCUUUUUGUUUUGCCGUCCUGAAAAGCAGGACCCACCGACUACUGCUCCAUAGGUAGCUCAAGUCCAUCAGAAUUCCUAUCUUGUCCGACCGCCAUCUAUGCAUAUAGAGAUUACCAGUAAUUUUGUAUUGUGUGAACAACUGCUUGAGUAUUAGAGCCACUGUCCCACUGGAAUGACAAGAGAUCAGAAUUUAAAGGAAUAGUUCGACAUUUUGGGAGAUAUGCUUGUUGGGUUUUUAUGCCGAGAGUUAGAGAGAGGAUCGACACCACACUCAUGGGGAUAGGUUAAAUAUGAAGCUAGAGCUAGGCAACACUUAGCUUAGCUUAUUUUAGCAUUACGACUGGAAAUGGGGAAUCAGUUGCCUGACUUUGUCUAAAGGUAAAAAAGAUCAGCCUACCAAAACCUUCAAUGCUCACUAAAACGUCUUAUAUCUUGUUUGUUUAAUCUGUAUAAAAAAGUUAAAGCCACAGUGCAAAGUUUUAUGACAUAUUAUGUGGCGGACUAUCCAGGAGGUCACUGUGACAACAUAACAUCCUAUAAAAAUGCAAACUGAGCUUUAAAGGUGCUGGUAGGCAGAUUUUGUUACCAUUUGGCAGAGCCAGACUAGCUGUUUCCCCGUGCUUCCAGUCUCUAAGUGACUCUGAUGGAUAUUUUCAUAAGAGGGAUGUAUCAAAUGACAGUGUGAAAACAAUGUGACAAUGGUGCUCGUAGAGACGAACAUUCACUUGUCACCUGAAUCUGCAGAGCUUCAUAGCGAGUUUCUUUAACUGUCUGGUCUGUAAAUUUACUGCUUUAAUUCACUCUCACUGUCCUGAUAUCAUCGUUUUAGGCCCGAGUAGGCAGCUCUAAAAACCCACUUGUACACUACCUGCUCAGCACCAAACAGCAGACAGACACAGUGAGCAAGUAGAUGGUGCACAUAGUGGAGCCAGAUAUCUCCCUCAGGAGUUGGUACAGACCAAAACCAGAGCUAAAAGAGAGCAAAUUAUUGGACUUAUAUUCAUCAGGUGGACAGAAACAUGACUCCAAAUGAAAGCUAACGUGCUGCUGAAUGUGUAAAUAACCCACUACAAUUAUAUGUUGAUGUUUGUGUUCACAACUGGUUUCUGCAAGUGUCCAAAAAAAAUCAGUUAUUGCAGGUUUAAGCUAAAUAAGCUAACCAUCUCCUGGUUUUAACUUCAUAUUUACAGUACCGAGAGAGAGCGGUAUCAAUCUCCUCUAACUCUAGGCAAGAAAGCAAACAAGCCUAUUUCCCAAAAUGUGGAACUACUCCUUUAAAGCAGUUCAGUGCGAUGUGGUUAUGUAUUUCUGAACUGAUUCUGUAUAUAAAUCCAGUGUAAAUUGUCUGUGAAGCAAGCUUAGAGGAUUUCAGGUUACUGUGGUUUCAAGCUACCUUUAUGAUAAAAAUGCAACACAGCUCAUGGCAGUUUUUAAAUCGUACAUGCUUUACGAAUUAAGUGGAUACACACGACUAUACAGGACCUACAUUUCCAGUCGCAUUACUUUUAUUGGAAACCCGUAGAGCUGCACCUACAGUAGAAACCACUAAUCGUUGUCCUCUGCUAACUCUGAAAUCAUGUCAAAGAAUGUGGCACAACUACGUUUUAUUCUAAGUUUGCAAGUUGAAAAUCUGUAUUUUGUGUUUAUAAAAAUAAUGUGUGCAUUACUUGAAGUUCUGUGUGUAUACUUGAAUUCACAUUGCAUUUUUUUUUUCUAUGAGACUAUUGUUGCCAUAUCUUCAUUCAUGCUAUUGAUAGGCCAGACAUUUGUUUGUUUUUAGUAUUGCAUGUUAGUAAAUAAGAAUGUACUUCUAGGCUGAGCACUUUACUAAUAAAGGCACUGGAGCCAA